CCUCCCGUUUUAUGUUCUCUAUACAGAGCUUUUGGAAAUGUCGCUGCGCAUUGCUCAAGCCCGGCAGUUGAAGCUACAUCUUCAUUCACCCCAUGGCACUAUUUCUCUGGUUGGCUAGGAAUAUAUUUUCCAUGGACGUAUAAUGAUCCCGAGAAAGCUUACGUUAAUCCCGAGCGUCCCCCCUUGUUCUAUUAUCUCAAGCGGAAAAUGGUGAAGAAGGCGUACGAGUGGAUCGUCGAUAAAAUCGAGAACAUAGAAUCCAUUGACUUUUUCCCCUUCUAUCUGACUCAUCAAGCUGAAGACAGGAUAAUAAUGAUCUGGAACCCAUCGAAAGAACUUUCCUGAUCUGCAUUCGAUCUUGUAGCCUGCCUCUUCAAGGAGUGGAAUUCUGGAGGGAACUCUACUACCCUAGUAGGUUUGUGAGACAAUUUGGUUACGACCAAACGGUCCCCCAGGCGGGAGAAGAGGUUACACGCAUAAUGCGGAGCUAUGGGGUUGGCCCAUACAACUGGACCCUAAUAUGGAAGCAGCUUUUGGCCAGAAACUUCGGUUCCCGUUUUCUCCUUCCCGGAUUCAAUCAUUAGGUGCAAGCUUCAUAUGCCUGGAUGCGCUGGUGGUCACACCACUACUACUUGGUGCGUAAUUGUCUUCCUGUUGACCGUCCCAUCUGGAUUCCCUCUCCCAGGUUAAGGAAUUACAGACCGGAACAAGGGAUAGGAUACUUUGUUGAAAGAGAUCGUGCUGCAACUCUAGGGCAGCUUUGUCGGAAGAUUUCUACUGAAGAACCCAUUAGGGAGAUAAAGCCGCCCAACAUAUUGGAAGGGUGGAUUGCCUUCGGGUCCCCUUUGGAUCUCAUCAAGCGGACAGAAAGACAAACCACACCCAUUGAUGAAUUUGAGACCCCUGGCGCCAUUCUUUCUUCUCCCACUCGAGAAGUAGACGGUCAAACUACAAUUGUGGCUCCUUCUACUGCAAAUCAAACUAAGACUGCAAUUUCUCCUAUUGCGGGUCAAGCUGUUGCUAUAGCUUCUCCCAUGACUCGCUCACAAGCCAAAUCUUUAUCUCUAAAAGUUUUAGCACAACAACAUCCUUCUCCUUCUCGAGGCGUUCGUCUUCUUCCCAUAAAGACUGCUUAUAUGGGAAAACAAACAAUUUUUGAAGAAGAUAGUUCGUCAGAUUAUUCGGCAGAUACUUCAAUCAGUGAAACAUCUUCUUCUACUAGCUUGACUGAUGAAGGGAACAUUCUACUAGAUGAUAAUCAAGAAGAGAAUGUUGAAGUAGAUGUCGGCGAGUAAGGUGAAGUCAGAGCUGAUAUUCCACCCAUUGAAAUUCAGUCGGAUCAUCCAGAUACUUAUUCUCCGGUUAGAGCGGCUUCUCUUGAAGAAGAACAGCUUGAUUAUGGGGGCUCUAGCUAUUCUACGGGUGCUAACACUUUCAUCUCUUUCAAUGCUUUGUAUUCCCCUUGUAUUGCAGAAGCUGCCGAGGUAAUCACCCAGGGCCAUACUGCCCUCCCAACUAUAGCAGAGGUUUCAACAUCCAGAGAAGCGGAAAUUCCCUUAUCAGAUGCUCGAACAGAAGUGGAGAAUUUAUUUUCCCCUCAAAGCAUAGAAGUGGACUAAGAUACUGCACAAGUUCCACCAGUUGUUGCUGCAAUUGCCGAUAUCCCUGUCCAUGUUGAGAAAUCCCCAUUGCGCGUCCUUCUCCCAUCCAACUGGUAGUUCGGAGUUUAGAAUUCUUUUCUGAUCCUGCCGAUAUCCCGACUCCAACAACCUUGGAUUCGAGUACUUGAGUUCGCAAACUAUCUUUUAAUGUUGCGGUUGCAACUACAGACAUACCUGUAUCUUCUGAGGCAGGAGUAUCUUCUAUUCCAACCACUUCUCGUAUUGCCCCCAGGGAAGCUACAAUUGUGCUGUCUUCGAGCGGAUCUGCAGGCUCCAAUUCUGUAGCCACGAUUUCUGACAGAAUUUCUUUGGAGAAAGUAUCGCCUCUUAUGCUUGUAUUCUUCGAGAAUGCUAUCUCUGUUAUCGUAAGCGCCUUCAAGGAUCCAACAUAAUGGCCCUUCUUGGACAGUGCCUUGGCUGUUCUUGAACAUUCAGGGAGGCUGGCUCAUAUCAACGUCCUUCUUUUGCAUGAUUCCUUGUCACAGUUCUAUAACUCCAUAAAUAAGUUGGCAUCAGCACGGAGUAUAAUCAUCGCUCCGGCUAUUUUGGAUCAUCAAAGAGAACUAACAUCUCUCAAGGAGAAGAUUGUUCGAACUGAUGACAUAAUAUCUCGUUAUGAUAUUGAGCAUCAGUCUCUCCAUGAUAGACUGAAAGCCUCUGACAAGAAUAAGGUGAUCAUUGAAAAUCAUAUCGGUUUUCUGUAGAAGGAGAUAGCUUUGCUUGAAGUGAAGAAGCAAGAAGAGGAAUUAAAUAUUUGCAAGAUUAAAGAAGAAAUUGAAGUCAAUGCCCAUAUUGCUGAGAUUGAAAGAGCUGAGCAGAUGAAAAGUAAAGAAGUGGCUGCCUCUAUGGAGCGAGAACUGGGCGAUAUUCCUGAUCAGGCCAAGAUUAUUCUUGACACUGAACAAACCCAAGCUGCAGCGCAAGUUCAGUUGAGAGAAGAUUUACAAAGAUAUAUGACGGCAUUAGGCAUGCCAAAGGAGUUGUAGAAAUUUUGCUUUUGCAUGUAAUUUCUUUUGCCUUGUAAUAUUCACAAAUAAAUUCCAAUGUUUUAUUUGAAACAAAUAUGUUUUAAGAAGUGCUACCAUAAUAAUUAUUUUUGAGCGCAUGGUGAUAUAACAUUUCCUUUGUUAA